AGGGUUUCUACGUGCACGUCUUUUUUCUUCUCUUAUUAGAGGACUAGUAUACUGUAUCUCAAUCUUGAAAAUCAAAUUUAACGGUGAUCCAUUGGUCGUGCGCCAUUGGGACAUUAUUGGGUUCCCAGAUAAACCAAGUUAUUUUCGCUAGGAAAUAAAAAAUGGCCCAGGAAACAGAGGAGAGCAGCAGGAUGAGAAGAGGGGAGAGAUGGUCUCUCAAUGGGAUGACUGCUCUUGUCACUGGUGGCACCAAAGGAAUUGGACAUGCCACUGUGGAAGAAAUAGCUAGCCUUGGUGCAUCAGUAUAUACUUGUUCUCGCAAUGAAGACGAUCUUAACAAGUGCUUGAAUGAGUGGAAGGGGAUGGGAUUGGAUGCUCAUGGUUCAGUUUGUGAUUUGUCAUCACGUCCUGAUCGGGAGAAAUUGAUCGAUGCUGUAUCCUCACAUUUUAAAGGGAAACUCAAUAUCCUUGUAAAUAAUGUUGGGACAAACAUUAGAAAACCUACAAUGCAGUAUACAGCUGCGGAAUUCUCCUUUUUAAUGGCAACCAACUUGGAAUCUGCUUACCACAUGUGUCAACUCACACACCCUCUUUUAAAAGCAUCAGGAGUGGGAAGCAUUGUAUUCAUCUCUUCUGUUGCUGGGGUGGUGGCUCUACAUACUGGUACCAUAUAUGCAGCAACUAAAGGUGCAUUGAAUCAAAUUACAAAAAAUCUUGCUUGUGAAUGGGCAAAGGACAAUAUUCGGACCAACAGUGUGGCCCCUUGGUUUAUAAAGACACCACUUGUGGAAGAUUUCUUACAAGUGAAGGGGAUUACGGAAGGGAUAAUAGCAAGAACCCCCAUGCGUCGCAUGGGGGAGCCUGAGGAAGUUUCUUCUCUAGUGGCAUUUCUAUGCCUUCCGGCUGCGUCGUAUAUCACAGGCCAAAUCAUUUGUGUUGAUGGUGGAAUGACCGUCAAUGGCUGGUAUCCAUGAGGCAAACAAUCAAGUGUACUACCUUACUGGUACUCUCUCUCUCUCUCACACAUUCAUAAUGCAGGCGUAAGUUACUUAAUGGUUGAAUCCAAAGUUUUAGAACUCCGAAUGGGGUUUGGACUAUCUCUCCACUGUUCUCGGACAAAUAUAAUAUUCAAAAAUGAAAAAUAUUAAAAAAAUAAAGUUAAGCACCAGUUCUCGUAACCUGAUUACCGAUUCUAUUGGCAUAAUCACCCUGGUCUCGGACAAAACCCCGAUUGGACAGAUGCCCUUUUCCAUAGAGGAACCGGGUCGGUCCCUUGCUGAAUCUGAUCUGGAUCUUCGACGGACCCUAGGUGAGGAUAAGACAAUGAACUCUUUAAGUAUACUGGCCAUGUUAUUUUUUGGUGCUUGUUUCCAAUAAAUAUUGUACAGAGCUUAAUUAUUAUGCCGCUGAAGUAGGGCUUGCUUCGUAAAUUUGAGUUCAC